AUGGAAGGAAUGCGUGAUAAUAUCAACGGUAGUCGUAACGAGAAGAAAAGAUUUGCACUUGUUGGUGUCUUUUACAUUCUUCUUAUCGUUGUGGUCCACACCGAUGCGACGCGCGGAGGCCUUGAUGAACCAGGAGAACUUGAAAUUCUUUGUCAAUCAAACCCGGAUAUAUGUAACCCCACGACACUCGGAACACUCGGAAGAGUGUUUAGCGGAACAAGUAACACAAAAGAUGGUAUAAAAAAAGCGUUCAUUGCAGCAGCCGAGGAGUUAUCGAAACACACAAACAAUCCAUCUCUUUUUACUGAAUUGGUAAAAGACAACAUGACGAGACAAGCGAUGCGAAUUUGCAACGAAGUAAUGGAUAAUGCUAUUGAUGGAGUUAAUAAAUCUGUUGGGGAAUUAGACAGAUGUGAUUCCAAUAGCUUGAGUGAGAUUGUUUUUGAUCUUAAAGUUUUGAUAACUGCUACACUUACAGAUCAACAAACAUGUUUGGAUAGUUUCGAGAAAGUAGACACAAAAGCUAGUCAGAGAAUGGCUCAGGUUUUGAGCGCUUCUAUGAAAUUAAGCAACGCUGCUAUCGACAUGCUUAACUCACUUUCUGGAUUGAAUAAGGAUUUUGGCCAAGUCCCAAGUGGUGGUUUUAAUAGGAAGACUUUACCCGAUGAGUCAACAGCGCGUGUUGAUGGUGUUCCAACAUGGGUUAGCGAACGACAGCAGCGACUUCUUGCUGAAACAACAGUUAAGCCAAAUGUUGUUGUGGCGCAAGACGGUAGUGGAGAGUUUAAAACCGUUGCUGAAGCUCUUAAGACUGUUCCGGCGAAUAAUGCAAAACCUUUUGUUAUUCAUGUUAAAGCUGGUGUUUAUAAAGAGGUUGUUAAUAUUCCUAUGGAGAUGAAUUAUGUUACCAUCAUCGGUGAUGGUCCUACAAAAACUAAAUUCACGGGUAGCCUCAACUUCGUUGAUGGCGUCCUAAUUUACCACAGUGCAACCGUCGCUGUGAAUGGUGCAAACUUUGUGGCAAAGGAUAUAGGCAUUGAAAACACAGCAGGACCGAGUAAAAAGCAAGCAGUAGCACUAAGAGUUUCAGGAGACAUGGCAGUAUUCUACAACUGUCAAAUAGAUGGUUACCAAGACACACUCUUUGCCCAAUCCCUACGCCAAUACUUUCGCGAUUGUAUCAUCUCGGGUACAGUCGACUUUAUAUUCGGCGACCCCUUUGGAGUUUUCCAAAACUGCAAAAUUAUAGUUAGAAAACCAUUAACAGACCAAGCCAAUUUAGUAAUAGCUGGUGGAAGACUCACAUCGAGCAGCUCAGCUGCACUUGUUUUCCAAAGUUGUCACUUCACAGGUGAACCUGGAUUAGAAUCAAUUUCACCCAAAGUAUCUUUCCUAGGAAGGCCAUGGAAAGCAUACUCCAAAGUUGUGAUAAUGGAUUCAGUCAUAGAUGAUAUCUUUCUCCCGGAAGGUUACCAUGCAUGGAUGGGAAAUGCAUUUACGGAUACAUGUACAUUUUACGAGUAUAAUAACAAAGGUCCUGGCGCUGACACAAAAGCAAGAGUGAAAUGGCCUAAUGUUAAAACUAUAACUGCUGCUGAGGCUGCUGCUUUUUACCCUGGUAAAUUCUAUGAGGGUUCACCCUGGAUGACGAGUUCUGGGGUACCUUGUUCCCUUGGUCCUAUGAGCGGUGUUUCUGCUGGUUUUGCAGCUUCGUCUUCUCCAAUUUCAGCUUCUGGACCUUCUUCAGCUUCUGGACCUUCUUCGUCUACUUAA